ACAUAUCUCGAGACUGGAUGGAUGGAGUUGUGAGUGUUCUUCACGUCGUGUAACUUUAAGAUUGGGUUAACUUUGUUUAACUUCACUUGUAUGGAAGACUUUGACCCAGAUCACCAGGUUCCGCCGUGUAAAACUAUGUCCCACGAUGUUGACUUUGGUGGAGAGGGAAACAGGAAGAUUGGUAGGUCUGACACUCACGACGCCCCUCCAUCGGAUAACACGAAAUUACGGACAGACCAAUCACAAUCAGGAAAGAGAAGGGCACGCAAAACCAAGUUUGUGGCCGGUGCGGUGACAUUUCCACUUGCAGCCUAAUAUUUGCGGACACACAUAACUGAUUUAUUUAAUAUACAGGAAAAAAAAAAGGCUUUGUUUUUCUAUGCCGGGGAACUUUCAAGAUGCCAUGACCUGUACUGAUAAAGACCCUUUCUUCACUUCAUUACUUCUUUAAAGUGAAAAAAACGCGUUCUUUUUCUUCUUCUGCUUUAUUACACCGGCUCUAGAUCCUAGGUUCUUCGUCUGUGUUCUCUCAGGUAUGAUUAACUUUGGUUUUGUGUCAGAAUUUUAGCUGGUUCUAUUUUUUUUUGUUUUUCUUUCCAAUGGGUUCUUGUUAUUAAGUUUCUUUGUAUGGUUUUAGUUAUGUUAGUUUGGGAAAAGUUUGAUUCUUGACUGUCAGCCUCCAAAUUUGACAGCUUUUCCUGUAUGGGUUUUUCCAUGUGAGUCAAUUCUUUGAAGGGAUUAGAGGGAAAACCUGUUUUUUCUCUUGAAUUAUGGUCUGCAAUUAGGUUGUAAGAUUAUCCUGUAAAAUAAUUGAGUUAAUUAUGGGUUCACAGUUAAAUGGAUUCCCUAAUUCAGUUAAUGGUUUCAAGUUUGAUAAUGGCUUUAUUUUGCCUAAUUCAAAUGGAUACCCAAAAUAUGAAAUUUCUAAUGGGGUUAAACCAAUUGACGUAGAUUUCAGCUCUUUAGGUGCACCAUUUUUACCUUCUCUAGGAUUGGAUAAUUCUAGCACUUCUACUUCAUUGUUGACCAUGGAGAAAGAGGGAGAUUCUUCUUCUCCUUCUGAUGACAGUGAUUUCUCCGACACUGUUCUCAAGUACAUAAGCCAGGUGCUUUUGGAAGAGGACAUGGACGAGAAGCCCUGUAUGUUUCAUGAUUCAUUGGCUCUUCAAGCUGCGGAGAAAUCUCUCUAUGAAGUUCUUGGUGAGAGCUAUCCUCGUCCCAAUCAAGCCCCUCUUUGUAAAGACCUUAGUGUUGAGAGCCCAGAUAACUGUUCUUUUGGUACUUACAGCGAUCAUAGCACUUUUAGUGGUUCUAGUUCCUGUACUAGCAAUUCCAUUGAUUCUCGGUGGAAUGGUGAUUUUUGGGAAAAGAACAACAAACCAUCUUUGUUACAAAUAAGUAUUCCUGAAAACUUUGUUUUUCAGUCUACUGUGAAUUCUGGUUCACAGCCUUCAGGUCGAUUUCAAAACGGUAAUGUUAAAAAUGGGAAUGGAUUGGUGGGCUCUUCUGUGAGUGAGCUUGCAAUUCCAAAUUGUUUUGGUGAAAGUGAAUUGGCAUUGCACUUCAAGAGAGGGGUAGAGGAAGCUAGUAAGUUCCUACCCAAAGGUAAUCAGCUGACUAUUGAUUUUGAUAGCAAUGCAUGGACUUCAGAGUUGAAGCAGAAGGCUCCAAAGACAGUAGUCAAAGUGGAGAGGGAUGAGGAGUACUCACCACCUAGGUUGACAGGAAAGAAGAACCAUGAACGAGAAGAUGAAGAUUUAGAAGAGGGGAGGAAUAACAAACAGUCGGCAGUUUUUUGGGAUGAGUGUGAGCUAUCGGACAUGUUUGAUAAGGUGUUGAUUUGUGCUGGGAGAAGAGGGCAGUCUUCCACUUGCGAUGCUGAUAAGACUUUGCAGAAUGCACCUUGCAAGAUGUUGCAGCAGAAUGAUCAAUCAAAUGGAUCUGGUAGUGGGAAGGCUCGCAGCAAGAAACAGGGUAAGAAGAAAGAAGUAGUGGAUUUGAGGACUCUCUUGAUUUUAUGUGCACAAGCUAUCUCGUCUGAUGACAGUGGGACUGCUAAGGAACUGCUGAAGCAAAUUAGGCAGCAUUCUUCACCCUUUGGUGAUGGAUCUCAGAGAUUAGCUCACUGCUUUGCUGAUGCCCUUGACGCACGCUUGGUUGGCACUGGAACUCAGAUAUAUACCUCUCUGGCUGCUAAAAGAACAUCAGCUGCUGAUAUGUUGAAAGCUUACCAAGUUUAUAUUUCAGCCUGUCCAUUCAUGAAGAUGGCAAUUUUUUUUGCAAAUAUCAAUAUUUUGAAUGUAGCAGAGAAAGCAACAACUCUCCAUAUUAUAGACUUUGGUAUCUUUUAUGGUUUUCAGUGGCCUGCUCUAAUUCAUCGCCUUGCAGAUAGACCUGGUGGUCCUCCAAAAUUACGCAUUACAGGAAUAGAAUUUCCUCUACGUGGCUUUCGGCCUGCUGAAGGAGUUCAGGAGACUGGGCAUCGCUUGGCAAGGUAUUGUGAGCGUUACCAUGUUCCAUUUGAGUACAAUGCUAUUGCACAGAAAUGGGAGACUAUCCGAACUGAGGACCUCAAGAUUAAUUCCAAUGAAGUUAUUGCUGUGAAUUGUCUGAUUCGGUUUAGGAACCUACUUGAUGAGACAGUAGUGCUGAACAGUCCAAGGGAUACUGUUCUAAACCUGAUUCGGAAGAUAAAUCCAGAUAUUUUUGUUCAUAGCAUUGUUAAUGGGUCCUACAAUGCCCCCUUUUUUGUCACACGGUUCCGGGAGGCGCUCUUCCAUUUCUCUGCACUGUUUGAUAUGUGUGAGACGAAUGUCCCUCGUGAAGACCCUAUGAGGUUGAUGCUUGAGCAAAAGUUUUAUGGGCGGGAAAUUAUGAAUAUUGUAGCAUGCGAAGGCACAGAAAGAGUAGAGAGACCUGAGUCAUACAAGCAGUGGCAGGUUCGUAACAUGAGGGCUGGGUUUAGGCAGCUUCCAUUAGACCCUGAAAUCAUGAAGAGAGUGAGAGAUAAGCUGAAGGCGUGCUACCACAGUGAUUUCAUGGUGGAUGUUGAUGGCCGGUGGAUGUUGCAGGGAUGGAAGGGUCGAAUCAUCUAUGCAUCUUCUGCGUGGAUUCUUGCGUAGGACUCGGAGCUGCUAGAAGAGGACAACUAAUGGAAGUCUCUUCAGUUUAAGGCAAGCUUAGUGAGAUCAUUCUUCCAGGAAUUGACAUCAAUCUUUUUGGAUGGGUGUUCUGCAAAAGCCUGGCAGAAAUUUUGCUUUAACCUCAAUGAAUGAAGGUUAAGGAGAUGUGGUUGCAUUAGUUACCAUUUGUGACAUGGAUUAAUUCAUGACCUCACUUGGCUGGAGUUUCACGAUGACCUGGCGGUGGCAUAAAUUUGUUGCAUCUUUUUCGGUAGUCUUCUACAAACUGAGUUGAAGUAAUACUGUGCACAAUGAUAAUUCCUACAAUCACACCUUAUAUAAGCUUUGAUUUAUGGUGUCAUAUGCCACAUAGCUCGCAACAUGGGCCUUUGGCAUCUUUGACCUACUCUUGUAGCCUAAUUUAGUUAGUGUGACUUCAUAGAUGUAGUCUCAUUUAUCCACAACCCAUGGCUUUGGUUCUUACAACAUAGAAUCAGUGGCUGUGUCUGCUCUUGCUAUCUUUUUUCUUUC